AUGCCCGAGAACGCUCAAAAACCUGCAACAACACAUUUCCCACCCGCCGGGGCAAUCCUCGAUAAUGGGGCUCUAAAACUUGUUGAAGUACAGGGUCUUGGCAUCUACCGAGCGCAACUAAGCCCCAGAGACAACAGACCGUAUGCCGUCAGAUGCCUGGUAUUUCCUGACUCGCCUGGACAUUGCAGGCAGAUGCUCAUACGAGGAGUUCUACUGCACCAACUUGCGUCGGAUCACAUUGGCAUUGCUACCUUACAUCGCGCCUUUAAGCAGGACGGCAUGUUAUGCGUGCUCUUGGAAUCUGCUUCAGACGACUAUAUGUCCACCCAAAUUUUCCAACGUGGCCGUUACCUUGGAGACAACUUUCUCAUCAAAGACAUAUUCCUCCAGUUAAUAGACGCAGUCGAAUACAUCCAUUCUCUCGGUAUCUAUCAUCGAAACCUAAACCCAGCAAGCAUUGUCACUUUUGAAGAUGGCUUUCGUGUUGCAAUUACUGACUUUGGGCAAUCUACUACGUGGGAGACCCUUAGUGAGGAGUUUAACGUUGGCAAUGUGUUCUACAUGGCUCCAGGGUGCCAUGGGGGACAGUUAGCACCAGAAGGUAGAUACUACCCUCGGUUCAGCGAUAUUUGGUCUCUCGGCAUCAUCUUUCUCAACAUAACGACUGGUCGUAACCCGUGGCGGUCUGCUACUCUCGAUGACCCCGCUUUCGCAGCUUACUUGCAAAACCCUUCGGGCUUUCUGGCAUCUACCCUCCCUGUCUCCCGUCAGUUUAUGGAACUGCUUGUCGAGAUUCUCGCCAUUCACUCCGAAUAUGGCCAAACCGUGCGUGAACUCCGCAUAGCCAUUAAAAAGUUUCAUAAUUUCUACUCGGACAUAGUCAUGUUUGAAGACUGUAUAGCCACUCUUGCAAGAAGGUCUGAAUUCCCAGUAUACAUCUAUGACGAGUUUCUUGAUGUAAAGAUGAAUUCGUACCCCCGCACAAAUUUGAUACACAGGAUUUCUGCCGCUGAGGUAGCUGCAAAGCUUGACUCAAGUGCUAUGAAUUCAAAGUAG